GGGCUGCUCCGAGCCGCGCCGCUCGCCCCGGCCGCUCCUUCCGGGCAGCGGCUCCCGGCGCUCCCCGCGCACCGCGGGCGCUGCCGGGCCUUGGAGUCCGGAGCGGCGGAGCGGCGGGGCCAUGCGCCGGGUGAACAGCAGCCUGUCCAGCGAUGAGCUUCUCCUGGAAGACUUGGAGACAGAAGGAGAGAGGCAGCUGAAGAGCCUCCUUCACCACCAGCUCGACACCACUGUCUCCAUCGAGCAGUGCAAGUCCAAGCGGAGAUGCUUUGCCCCUGCAGCUUUUUACAAACCUUUCGGGGAAGAGGCUGCGGGGGCUUUGACCCUGUCACAGUUCCAGGCCCUGCAGGAGAGCGACAAAGAAACCUCCUCUCUCCGGGAACUGGGGCUCUCCGACUCGGAGAUUCUGCUCUGGAAGAACCAGGCUUCAGCAAGCAAGGGCUCUGGGCUGGGGGCGGCCCCGGAGGCCACGCAGGACCGGCUCCAUGCCAUCCAGGAGAAGCUGGAGGAGCGGCAGCGCAUCCUGGCGCUGCCGCAGAGGUUUGCGGGCAGCAAGCAGCUGAGCCGGCGGGAGAUGGAGAUCGAGAACGCCCUUUUCCAGGGAACAGACCGACAUUCCUUCCUCCGGGCCCUCUACCACGAAGAUGACACUCAGAAGAGGGGAAGUGAUGAAAAGGACCCCAUGGUUCAGCUGGAGAGUGUUUACCAAGAACUGCUGAGCAAGAAAUGCCCUGAAAAAGUCCAGUGUGCUACAAGUGACCCCUGCUUGUCCCCUUCCCCAGCCCCACACGGGGCUGUGAUUGAGGAGUCAUCCCUUCCAGACCAGGAGGAGCAGGCAGAACAGGCAGCAAGUCCCAGUGUUUCUGCAACACAGCCCCACCAGUCCCCUCCAAGGCCUGUGGUUAUCAAAGAGCCCGUAGAGUUUGUCCCAGAAGAGGAGAUCCUCAAGAACCGCCUGUCAGACGAAGAACUCCGGAAAAUACCCAGGUUCUCAUCCUACCAUCCAGGGGAGCCCAGCAAGGUGCUGUAUUUGAAGAACCUGGGCCCCCGAGUGACGAUGAAGGACCUGGUGUCCUUGUUUGCUCGGUUCCAGAAGGAGGACAGCCCACUGAUCCAAUUCCGCCUCCUGAGCGGCCGGAUGAGGGAUCAGGCCUUCAUCACCUUCCCUGACACGGAGGUGGCCCAGAGCGCGCUGCAGCUGCUGAACGGAUACAAGCUGCACGGGAAGCCCCUGGUGAUCGCCUUUGGGAAAAGCAGGAAGCAUUUGCCAGAGGCUGACUCUGCCAUCCCCAGCUCCUCGGCUGCAGAGAACCCUCCUGCCACGUGAGGGGUGGAGAAAGAACCAGCAGCCUUGUGGAUUUCAGUGAGCUGGGGGAACUCUGUGGUUGAACAUGGGACAAUGAAGGACGCUUGGGAGCCAACGUGCAGGUCCAGCAAUCUCAGAGUGUGGAAGGGAGAGCUGGGGACUGGGCUCUUGCUUCAGAGAGGGGACUGCCUGCAGCCGGUUGUGGCAAGGAGGGAGGGAAGAAGCCAGGUGAAUAAAUGCACUUAUUGUGGUA